AUGACUAUUGUAAAAUAUGAAAACUUCACAUCCGGUGAACCGAUUUAUUCGUACGUUUAUACCUUCGAGAGUAAUUUUUCCCCGCAAAACGCCAAACAAUGGGUACAGGAAAAUUGCUCGAAUGGAUUCAUCAUUUGUGGAAUAUAUUUAUCGGUUAUAUUCACUUUGAAAUUAUACAUGCGUAAUAAACCACGAUUUGAAUUACGAAGAGCUUUGACACUAUGGAACAUUGGACUGGGAAUAUUCAGUACUUUAGGCGCACUCAGAACGGUGCCCGAAUUAUAUCAUAUGGUAUCGAGAAACAGCGUGUAUCAUUCCGUUUGCUAUCCCACGGUUGUGGAGCCGAUCAAAGCAACCGAAUACUGGGCCUGGGUAUUCACGUUAUCAAAAUUUGUCGAACUGGGAGACACGAUAUUCAUUGUAUUACGUAAACAGCCACUGAUUUUCUUACAUUGGUAUCAUCACGUCGUUGCUCUGCUCCAUACAUGGAUUGCAUAUGGGGAUAAUGUAGUUUCCUUCAGAUGGUUCAGAUCAAUGAAUUACAGUGUUCACUCGGUAAUGUAUACCUAUUACGCCUUACGAGCGUUGAGGUUUUCAAUUCCAAAACUCGUCAUGAUGUCGAUAACGUUUACACAAAUUGUGCAAAUGAUUGUAGGAUGCACUAUUACUUAUUUGGGGUAUUUUUAUUACACGAAUGAUCGACCGUGUGAAAUUUCUAAUAAGAAUAUAAUACUGAAUGCGGGUGCUUACAUUAGUUAUCUAAUAUUGUUUAGUAGGCUUUUCUACGAUUCGUAUAUCAAUUCGUCAUCUAAGAAACACUCCACUAUUUCACGUAAUACUAAAGCUAAGAAAAAGGCUUGA